AAAACCCAAAGCAGGCUGGGCCAUUCCUUCCAAUCUCUCCCAUCUAUCAUCAACUCUACAAAUUAAAAUUUUAUGUCUUCAAAAUUGCGCUGUACAUAUUUUUUAACCGGAUUAGCUUGAUUUUUAUUCCCUGAAAUGCGGAUGCUCUGCGACAGACUCUCGGCCCUGACCGCCGGCGCCAUGGUCGGUGUCUGGUACGCCAAGAAUUUCCCCUGCGAAGAGUCCAAGGGGGGAGGUGGCGCAUCGCCGCCCAAGGACAAGGGCAAGGAAAAGCCGAAGGAGAAAGGCAAGGAGUAGGGAUAAGGGAUAGCUAAUCUGGGUGGAACUACUUAUGGCUCCGCUUAGCCGAAAACGAUACCAUACGUAUGUGCCAACUGUCUUACCGAAAUUUCUCCUCUAGUUACCAGUAAAGAUUCCAAUAGGCAGAAGCAAAAUUCGAAUGUCGACGAUGCCAUCGGCAUGAGAAGAGGAAGUUUGAAGUAAAUGACCACUGACCGGAUACGAAAAUGCUUCUGAAAGGCUCUAUUGAUGUGGAUGCUUCUUAUGAUUCAGAACCAUGUUUUAUUACGAUUCCACCCAGCUGAUUUACUCUUAUGAAGCGGUGUUCUUCCUGUGGCAUUUUAAUAAAGCUGCAAAAAUGCGUAUUAUAUCAAAAAGAAA